GAACAAAUUUUUGUUAUACUUGGUCUGUUAUCCGUGCAAAAAAAAAAAUGAUUUGUUUUAGCUAACUUUCUUAUUUCGGAAAUAAGUUGGAUCCUAAUUCAAUCGGAUGCUUACCAAAUCCACACUGGUACUUUAUUACUUUCUACUCAAUGGGGUGAGGAAAUAGCUCCUCAUACCUCAUUAACUCUUCUACUCUAUGCAAAAGUCCAAAAAACAAUAGUUCUUCAUUUAACAAACAUAAAUAUAUACAUAUAAAGCAAGAUGUUUUGCAAAUCCUGCGCGACCUUUCACUCUUGACAACCACCGUUUAAUCAAUACCUGGUGUUCACUUUGGAUACUGAUUAAUGGUUGACUCAGUGCGCAAAAAAUGGCAAAGAAGGGAGGAGUCCAGCAGCUUCAGGCGGACCUCACCACGGACGAAGAGUUCGAGAAGUUUCUGCAGCGAACUGGAUUGCUGGUGCUCGACAUAUACUCUGAAUGGUGUGGACCUUGCCUGGGAAUGGUUGGCAGCCUGCGGAAGAUUAAGCUCGAGCUCGGAGGAGAUAAUCUCCAACUGGCAAUCUGCAAGGCGGGUUCCAUAUCCUAUUUGAAUCGUUUUAACAAAAAGAGCGAGCCCACCUGGAUGUUCGUCACGAAUGGCAAGGCAAUCAGCAUCAUGUUCGGCACGGACGUGCCUAAGCUCGUGGCCAUGAUCACGCGAAUGCUGCAGUCGACGAUGGCCAAGGAGUCGCACCUGAGCUACGAGAUCACCGAACUGCAGCCGAUAGAGCUGCAGCAGCUGGAGGUGCGAAACAAGGCGCUGCGACAGGCCGAGGAGAUUGAGCUGGCGGAGAGCCGGCGAAAGCGACUGGAAUACCUUCACAGCGUUACUGACUGCAUCAUGGCCAACCUGCCUGAUAUAGGGAUUACCGUGUUCGGACCACAGGUAAAUCGGGAUAUGUUUAAGAAACUUUCAGAGCCGGCCGAUCCGCUCAAGAUCCAAUGCAAGGACCGAAAGGUCUUUACCAUUCUGCCCAGCGACAUAGCGACUGUUAACUUCGCCGCAGAGAAUCCACUGGCCCCGGAUGUCAUAGAACUGCUGUAUGAAAAGGAGUUACUCAUGUGCUUUUGGAAGGUAGAGGAGGUGCUGGGGAGUCCACCGACCGUGCUCCGUCAGUACGCCCACGAACUAACUAAGGAGACAAUCAAGCCACCGGAUGAGUUCAACGAAGAGGAGAUUAUCGUGCCACCCAUGAUUGUUCCGAUGGAGGUGAGCGUAGAAAUUCCCGAGCCAGAGCAAACAGAAGAAGACCAGGAGCAUCAGGAUGCACAUCAGUUGGUCGAUACUAAGACCGAAAAUGUAGAAGAUGGCGAGGAGAAGGCGUCGCCAGAAGAAGUUCCUCCAGUCGAACCUACUACCGUUCCCAAGGCCGAUCAGAAUAAAACUAAGACUGUUCGGAUACCCCCAAUAUGGGUACCCAGUGAUCAGCGUACCCAUGCAGCACUUAUCUACACGUAUUUUCGGGCCCAGACCUCUACAUUUCUUCCGCCAGAUCCGGUGCCGGAACCACCUCACAUUGUGAUGAUCUUCGACGCUUACAAGAAGAAAGAUUUGGCCAUUCUGCUCGACACUUGUCGCGAGGACAUUCCGCUGUACGGUUUCUUUAAUGGUGAAAAUCCACAGACGGCGGUGUUCAUAGCCAACUCGGUGGACAAGUACAAUGCCAAGCCAUAUGUUCCUACCGACAAAAUCGUGCUCAAGGUAAAUAAAGUCAGUAGUCCAACCAUUCCCACAUUGAUGGCCUACGGUCCCAGCUAUGUCAGCACCAACUCGGUGAUUGGACACAAGGAGGCCACCCAGUUCUUUCCUGCUAACUAUAAGUCUGCACUGCAGGAGGAAGAGGAACUGCACGCUGUCAAGGCCGAAAAGCCCAAAAAGCGCAAAAAAAAUAAAAAGGGAGGUGAUCCUGAGGAGAGCGGUAAGGUAGAUAUCGGACUGACGGAUACGCAGCAGGAGGCCGAUGAAGCGGUGAAGACCUCGCCAGAGGAAGGCGCCUCCACAACGAGCAGCGGCGAAGACAGCUGCGAGAGUCGUCCUGCAACGGCCGAUGGAACGAAUCCAGACGGUACACAGGGCACAUAGGAGCUCUAAUUUUAUAUAACAAACUAUCUAUUCGCAAAAAAAAUAUAUUCACUUAUCAUUUUUAUGUCAAAGUUUCCUAGUUUUGAACUCGAUUAAUUGUAUUGAUUGCUAUGUUAUCGAUUAAAUAUUGCUAUCGGUUUUUCCAAAUCAAAGAUAA